AACAAACAGUUACGAUACUCCGUAAUUCGCUAUAGUUACACUAACUAUCAGUUACCUGGGGAUGAGUAGCAUCUACUGUCUACUAUACACACGACUAAAGCUUUAGGCUAUUACAACACACUCUCCCCCAGGUCAUACCUACUAUCUACCAGGGAGUCAAGUUGACUAUAUCAGAGUAGACUCUGCCCAGAACUGCCAUCUCGACACUCAAAACACAAGGGUCGAUCAUCAUGGACGUGGAACUCUACGUCUACGACCUCUCACGGGGCAUCGCGCGGAUGUACUCCCUCGCCCUGACAGGCACCCAGAUCGACGCCAUCUACCAUACAUCCAUUGUCUUCAAUGGGAUUGAGUACUAUUUCGGACAGGGGAUCCAGACUGCUGUCCCCGGUAGCACGCACCAUGGGCAGCCGUUGGAGAAGCUCCGGCUGGGACAGAGCGAGCUCCCGGUAGAGGUGGUGGAGGAGUAUAUUCAGUCUCUAGCGGAGAUUUACACCCCGGAGUCGUACGAUCUAUUCCUUCGCAACUGCAACAAUUUCUCUCAGGACCUGGCUAUGUUCCUUGUUGGGAAGAGUAUCCCCGAGCACAUCCGCAACCUGCCCCAGACGUUUCUCAACACGCCAUUUGGGCAAAUGAUGAAACCGCAGAUUGAGAUGGCGCUACGGGGGGUAACCCAGGGGGGUGCUCAUCCUGCUCCUCACCCUGGUAGUAUUCGACCUUCUCCCGCCGCCACUACUACCUCUGCCGCUGCCGCCGCCACUGCUGCAGCUACAGCUGCAGCCACUGGCGUUGUGUUGAACAUCACCAACCUGCGCGAACUCACAAAUAUCCUCAAGACCACGGCGUGUGUGGUGAUCUUCUUCACAUCCGCCACCUGUCCUCCUUGUCGGAUGGUGUACCCGACGUACGACAAACUGGCCGAGGAAGCCGGCACACGCGCAACACUGAUCAAAGUGGACGUAUCGGCCGCGUACGAGGUGGGAAGCCGGUACGGGGUGCGCGCGACACCCACCUUUAUGACCUUCCUGCACGGUGAGAAAGUGGACGAGUGGACGGGCGCGAGUUCGGCCGAGCUACGCGGCAACGUCAGCCUACUACUUGCCAUGGCGGCGCCUGCAGCGCACCCGCACCGCAAGCUUGAUCUCCCUACAUUUCAGGGGCCGGUGACGAGCUUCGUUCUGUUCCCGAAGCCCCCGCCGCUGGCUAAGCUUGUGCAGAAGCUACCGCAGCCCUACCGAGCGGAUCCGACGCUCACGGCCGUGGUGGACUUUAUCAACGACCGAUUCUCUCCGAAAGAAGCAGCAGCAGAAGCAGCAGCGGAUACAAGUCUACCCGAUCUCCACCAGUUCAGUGUGUUUGUGGUUUCCGCGCUCGCCUCCCUCCCCGUAGACAGCCACUUUGCGCUGGUUGAUCUGGUGCGCACGCUACUGGUCGACCGACGAGCGCUGGCGUUCAUGACGACGAACAGCGGGGAAAUGCUCGACACGAUACUAUCAAACGCCUGCCCCGAAGAAACACCGUACAAUCUCCGUCUCGUCACAUUGCAGCUGGCAUGUAAUCUGUUUCUGAGUUGCGACGGCUCCGCAACAGCCUGCACGCUCAGCACCAGCAAUAGUACCGGCGGGAUCCUCCGCGGGCGGUGUCUCGCGCUGGCGACGAACAGCUUACUCGACAGCGAGCACGCGGCGCAGCGAGCCGCGGCGGCGGGGCUGCUGUACAACGUAGCGAGCACGGUGCACAACGCCCGGCUGGCGGGGUCUCCUGAGCUCUACACCGAGGAGGAGCAGGUGGAAAUGGCGGCUGCGGUGAUUGAGGGGAUCACCCAGAUCGAGAACACUUGCGAAAAUGGCCCCUCGGUUAGUACUAGCAGUCUCAGUCUGCAGCAACUGGAGAUGAAGAAUCGAUUGGAGAUGACGUUGGGCCUACUGCUAUACGAGGCGCCCGUGGGGGGUAUGGUGAUGGAUCUGUGCAGGGGUGUCAUCCUUAGUCCUUCGCUGGCAGUUUUAGUCAAUAGUGAGUAG